AUGAGACUGGAACAAGAGAAAGGUCUCCGAGCUCCACGGAUUGAUUUAGUUUUUCAGCUUCUUUGUCGCAAGGCACUGGAGAUUUCGUUUCAGACCCACUCCAUCUUGCGAUCAUUCGAAAAGCGCGGAAAUUUUAUAAUUUUGAAGCCGCUGUUUGCGAAACGUGGUUUUGUCGAGCCAAAUGGCCGGUUUUUGUUUGUCUUUUUAUAUGAAUCAAAGCUUGUCCGUACUGAAAGGUUGCAUCUCCAGACCCGAGCCAUCCAAGGAAGACUUGUAGAACAGUAUAAGGGCAUUUUCGAAGCUCGCGCAUUUAGCCCCAAUGGAAAGAACGCGAUCGUUACAUCCGCGACGGCAUUUCCCUACAACACCAGUCAGCUCCGUACACAAUUUCAAAGCAGGAAUGCCCUCUCCACAGGCUUAGUCCUAGUUUGGUAUGUUUUAGGUGUUUGA